AUGAAGUUCUCUUCGAUGUCCGCACUCGCCCUGGCCACCGCCGCGACCACAAUGGCCGCACCCAACCCCCAAACCCAAGCCCUAAAGCCUCUUGAGCUCACCGACGUCAGCGCAAGAAUCCCCUUCACAACAAUGCCCCAAACUACACUUUUCGGCUUUUCUCUAAAGGACCCAAACACCAACAUUGAAACGAAAUGCUCUUCUUACUGGUCAAUCGGCCAAGCUGGAAAUAUGUCCUACAAUUGUACCAAUAAGGCAUACCAGCUCAAGCUUCCCAAUGGGAUUUAUAACAUUGAGGAGUUUGACUUCGGUAUUGCUCGGGCUGAUGGCUCUGAGAGUGGGAGGUCGACUUUGAAGGGUGAAUCGUGGAAGUGUGAGAAGGGAGCUGAGGAGCCUUUGGAGAGUUGUGAGUGGGAUGGUGUUUUCCAUCUUAAUAUUGCGAGGUCGGGUUGA